CUUGAAUCUAUGGAUUUACUCAUUCCUUCUCCUCGAUUUUUGUCAUCUAUUCCCACCAAGGAAUCCCCAGCCCCAGAUGUCGGGUGAGGAGUGGGUCUGAAACUUCUGCUCUCUGGAGGAAAGGUUGAAGGCACUGAAGAGGAAGAGCAUUUGAAGGAGAAGCUCUGGUAAAUAGGGUCUUUACCUUCUGGAAAAUGCAUUUACUGCACUCCUUGGCAAGUCCCUCAGAAAGAACAGAGUGUGUUUGCUUCCAGAGAUGAACACGUCCUCUCAAUCAUAUGUUUCUGAACUAAACCUGAGUGCCUUUGGCAGCAACUUUACCGUGCCUACUGUCAAGAGCAAGUCAUCACCAUGUGAGCAAGUGGUCAUUGCGGCUGAGGUUUUCCUAACUCUGGGCAUUGUAAGCCUCCUUGAAAAUAUCUUAGUUAUAUGUGCAAUAGUUAAGAACAAGAACUUGCAUUCACCCAUGUAUUUUUUCGUUUGCAGUUUAGCAGUGGCUGACAUGCUGGUUAGUGUGUCUAAUGCUUGGGAGACCAUAACGAUAUACUUAAUAAACAAUAGACACAUAAUUAUGGAAGAUGCCUUUGUCCGUCAUAUAGACAAUGUCUUUGACUCAAUGAUCUGCAUAUCUGUGGUGGCUUCCAUGUGCAGUUUGCUGGCUAUAGCAGUAGACAGGUAUAUCACUAUCUUCUAUGCCCUGCGUUAUCACAACAUCAUGACAGUGAAAAGAUCAGGGCUUAUUAUUGCAGGCAUCUGGACCUUUUGCACGGGCUGUGGCAUUAUCUUCAUUCUUUAUUAUGAAUCAACUUACGUGAUCAUUUGUCUCAUCACUAUGUUUUUUACCAUGUUGUUCCUCAUGGUCUCGCUGUACAUCCAUAUGUUCCUCCUGGCUCGUACUCACGUGAAGAAGAUAGCUGCUUUGCCUGGGUACAACUCUGUCCGUCAAAGAACCAGCAUGAAGGGAGCCAUCACUCUGACUAUGCUUCUUGGCAUCUUCAUUGUUUGCUGGGCUCCGUUCUUCCUUCAUCUCAUCCUGAUGAUCUCCUGCCCUCAAAACCUCUACUGUGUUUGCUUCAUGUCUCACUUCAACAUGUACCUCAUUCUCAUUAUGUGCAACUCAGUGAUUGAUCCCUUGAUUUAUGCCUUUCGUAGCCAGGAAAUGCGGAAGACCUUCAAAGAGAUAAUUUGUUGCUAUAGCCUGAGAAUGGUCUGUGGGUUAUCAAACAAGUAUUAA